GUCUGGACCAGUGUUUGUCAGAACUGUUUAUCUGAAACAUCUGGAGAAAAUGUUCCUAGUGAUUUUCCUCUGUAUGUGCUCGUGGAGUCUGGAGGGUGUGUUUGGUUCCGAGUCUGUGAUGGAGGGAGAUUCUGUCCUUCUGUCUGUGAAUAUCACUGAAACACAGAGACGUGAUGGAAUCAUGUGGACAUACGGUCCUCACACAAUUCCUCUAGCUAAACUCAAUGCUGAGAAUAAUAAAACAUAUAAUGGCCCUGAUGGGAGAUUCAGAGACAGACUGAAGCUGAGCGAGAGCGGAUCUCUCAUCAUCACAGACGUCAGAAUCAAACACUCCGGACUUUAUUAUAUCUACACAACCAGCCAAGAGACGCCACUCAAGAUAUUCAACAUUACUGUCUAUACUCAUCUGCCGGUUCCUAUCAUCAGCAGAGUCUCUUCACAAAUCUCUUCAUCGUCUUCAUCAUCAUCAGAUUGUUGUGUGUUGUGUUCGGUGAUGAAUGUGACACGUGUGAGUCUCUCCUGGUACAAUGGAAGCCGUGUACACUCCAGCAUCAGUGUGUCUGAUCUCAACAUCAGACUCUCUCUACCUCUGGAGGUGGAAUAUCAGGACACAAACACAUACAGAUGUGUGGUCAACAAUCCCAUCACAAACCACACACAACAUCUACACGUCACUCAACUCUGUCACACAUGUUCAGAAUUCUCCUGCUGUUGUGGUUUUACUGAAGCUGUGAUCCGAUUGGUCGUCUCUGCUCUGACGCAGAAGAUCAGAAGUACAGUUACAAUGGUCAGAGAUCCAGCGGCACCAGAGAGAGGGAUUAUAUAAUCUGAAAUGUGAUGAGGGC